UUGUGGGCUUCCUGGUCCUCGGCUCCGCCUCGCCUCGAUCUGACCGGACGGCGAAAAAAAAACACUUCUCAGUUAAAGAACAAAAGCAACGACGGAUGGACCGAGGAGGGCGAAGUAACGGCGACUCGGCUUCCGACCUGAAUCCCGAGGAUUGAGAUAAUCGUCCCCCCCGCGCGGGAAAGGACUAAAACCCACGAGCCAACUCCUCCCAAAAGGAGACUAAAACUUGGUCGCGUGCAUCUUUGUGUCCCGGCCGUAAUCCGUCGAGGUGAUAAACAAGACGAGGGUCAACCCGACAGACGGACCUUAUUGUUCGCGGGGUCUUUCUCUAAAACUUCGGUCACAGAAGGCGGAGCGGCGGAGGGGUAACUCCCGGUUCCCCUUUGUGUUCAUUCCGCUUCCACGGACCCGCGGGGAUAACGGGUUGGAGCAGCAUUUCGGUCUCUCUUGUGCUGUCGGCCUUUGUCAAGAGGCUGCACUCAUCUUUAGGGCCGAGGAUCUGGGAGUGGAACAAAGCCGGGCUGGGAAAGGGUGAGAAAGCAGACUGCGAUGGAUUUCUCAUGGAUCCCCGUUCCCCGCGCACCCACCCUUUGCGACCGACCCCCCCACUCACACAAAACAAAAGUGAAAGAGCCUAUUUUGACAUCCCAGAUGGCGACCUACAGUGACCACAAUGGCAGAAAUGGACUACUUAUGGGCAUGAGGGGGCAUUUUGAUGGAAAAGCAACAAAGACCGAAUGUGACGGGAAACCGUCUCCUAAACGCUCUUCAAAGGAUUUGCGCCACUCGGCUGACGGCAACGUGAGCGGCGUGGCUAGUUUCACCACCAACCACAACUCUGUUGUGUGCCUGCCUCUAGUAUCGGAGGGACUGAAGUUGGUAUGGACGCAGUCUGAUCAAACCCGCGAACUUGACACGAUCUCCGAGCUGAUCCAAGCCUUUAACUUAUUCCCAUACCCGUCAUCUCGCGAGGUCGGCACCCUGGCCCGGGUGUGUGCCUUGCCACUGGACAAAGUGAAGGUGUGGUUCAUGGUGCAGAGAAUCAAAUACGGUAUCAGCUGGUCCUCAGAGGAGAUCGAGGAGACGCGGCGAAAGCUGGCAGUGCCUGAGCUUUGUGAUGACUCGACUGAAACCAACAAGGAGGCCGAGAUGCCGAGUAAGGCUGAAGGUAUUGAGGAAUUGGUGAUUGACAACAAAGUAGAGAGCGUUCCCUCCAGCCCCCCAAAGACAAAACUAAAGUGCGAGUCCCCGGAUUCCUACAAACCAACCAAACCCACCGCCCCGUGUUUCAGCUCCACCCUUCCACCUCCUCAGGAUUCAUACUUCUACCGGCCACCGGUGGAAACGCCAGCAAGCACAGCGGCCGACGUCUCCCUCGACCUUUCGGGGUCGCCCUCCCGCCAGCACCGCCACGGGCGCUACAAAAAGUCUAAGGUUCAGCUCGCCGCCCUUCGAAAGAGCUUCCUGAGAGAGAACUGGCCUGCGGAGGCAGAGCUGAGACGCCUGCAGGAGGAAACCGGGCUGAGUCGUAACGACAUUCGCAAGUGGUUCAGUGACAGCCGGUACCAGCUGAGGGUUGGCCGAGGGAGCCUCGCCGCUGCCCAGAACUACUCGCAACACACCGCAAAUAAACAAGACCAACAAGUCCAACCUCUCCCACUCAUUACACAAAAGCCCAGUCAACUCAACGGGGUGAAGAGCCAGGAGGCCGCCCGCAGCAAUGGGAUUAGGAAUUCCCAUUUCUUUCAGACCUUUUUGUCCAACAGCCUGGAAGCAUUCGGGGACAGGGUACUUGAGGCAGAAGGGUAUGACGGCACGGAGGAGCUCUCUGGUGACGGGGACAGUUUGAAAGAUGAGGAGCAGAGCGAGGAGCUGCCCCUGCAGCUGACCUGCAAGAUCGAGCCAGAUGUUCCACAGGAGCCGUCGGAUGACCUGAAAAGCUCCCCCUGCUCUUCCCCCUCUGCGAGCCCACCGCCGGGCGCCUCGCCUUCCAAACCGCUUUCAAACAACACCAGCACAUCAAAGAAGUCCGCCCACUCAGCCAAAGCCAGUCCCUCACAAACGCCGCUGCACGUCUCAAAGGCUCCCUCAUCCACGUCCACUUCCCCUGCCCUCACUCCGGCUGGGCGACCAAGAAAGACCAAGGAGCAGCUGGAUGUGUUGAAGCAGCACUUCCUACGCUGCCAGUGGCCCAAGAGUGAAGAUUACACCGAACUUGUUAAGCUUACAAAUUUGCCCCGGGCAGAUGUCAUUCAGUGGUUCGGGGACACGCGGUACGCCGUAAAAAAUGGCCAGCUGCGCUGGGUGAAGGGGGUCCGCGAUCAGUUCUUGGCAGAACUCGCGGCCCAGCAGAGCAGCAGCGGGGGCUUGACUAACGGAAGCGGCUCCGGGACGUCUACUCGGGCCGGCGGCCGCAAACGGAAGUCCCCAGCGACUGCAUCGAGUGCAGAUCUUCCUGAUAUCCAGCCGUUGGUGGCGUAUUACCUCGGAACCGGCUCACUACAUGAAAGAGACCUGGACUCUUUAUGCAAGAAAUCUAGAAUGAGCUACCAGCAAGUGCGGGAUUGGUUUGCAGGUCAGGAUGUGGGGGGUACUGAGGAAAAACCGAUUUUUGCUGAAUAAGACCCUGGAACCACACUCGAGAACAUUUCUUUAAGUUGGUGGAGUGCUGCUCGCAUCCUUUGCACCAACCAGCGUAGUUAUUUUGGUUUAAAUUGCUUUAAUUUAGCAGGUUUGUAACAUCCGGUCUUCCCAGCACAAGCCCCCCAAAAAGGUUUGGCUUUUUAUACAUAUGCUGCAUUUCCUGCUUAUCCUAAUAUAUAUUUUGGACUUGAACUAUAAUUGUGCUGCCCAUGUUGCUGUAAAUAGGACAGUAACUUGUACACUGGUUUGUUCUAUUUUUAUUUUUUUUAGCGUAUUGUUUUUUUUUUUAGAUAUCUCUACUACAGAAGUUUUAGUAUGCUAUUGUAGCAGUAUAAUUUAAACAGGUUGUACUCGUAGUACCUGACUAAUGCAGACAAGUAACUGUUCCAGGAAGAUGUCUGUUGAUGAAUUUGUUGACUGAUCACUGUGUGUAAUCAUUCCUUUACAGCCAAUAAUUCCUUGUCAUGAAAAGCACACUGGACAUGUACACUUUAAAUUGACAUCUUGCACUUUGGUUUUAGAGCCUGCUGUCAUAUUCAUGAAAUCCAGUUCUUCCAGUAACUUAACCAUGUCAUUUCUGAUCUCUUAACACUGAAGCCUUUUUAAAAACAGCAUGGUCUAUCAAAUUCUACUGUCUAUGUCUGAGACACAGUCCCAGAUUGUCCUUUAGACAUUCUGUUGUAACACGUGAUCUAAUAGGACAGCAGCAUCCACAUCAGCGGCAUUCAAAUGUCAGAAUUGUCCAUUUCGAUUCUGAUUUGCACUCAGUAAUUCAGUCAGUAUUUGUAUAUCUAUUUUGUCUGCAUAGUGAUAGAGUGUGACUUAAUGAUUUAUGAUUUAGAAAAAACUAGAUGAAGAAUACAGUCCACGUACUGUAUAAGUAGCAAAUGGUUUGAAUCCAAAGAACACAUACUGACUCAUAAUGAAUUGUAGUAAACAUUACACAUUCAGGUCAUCCGUUCAGAAGAACUUCAUGUUUUUAAAGUACUACUUUAGUUGAGAUGGAGAAGUGGGCUUUAAAUAGAGGCAAGAGUUGAGUUCAUUAGGAACGUCUAGGGAAACGUUAGAUGAGCAGAAUGUUGAUAAAGCAGUGUCCAUCACUGGGUUCUGUCAUUCUUUUAGAAAUUAAAAGUUAAUGCAAGCGUCAUGCUGUGGGGAAAUGUCCAUAAUGCUUAGUGUCUUCCUUUGCAGAUGUCUUCCGUGUAUGAAAACAAAUCCUCAUUUGCACAACUGUGUCACUGGAAACCAGUAAAG